AUAACUUAUUUUAUAAUUUUACUUAAAAAGAAAUGGAAUUCAGUUUUAUUAUUGAUGGAGAGGAGGAGCCGGAUAUCAGUCAGGCAAAUGCUGGAGUAUCUCGCCGUUUCGACGUGUCCCAGCCUUUCCUCGACCGUACGGCCCCCCAACCUGCCGUGGAUAAUGACUCAGCGCUACAACAAAUAUUUUCUGCCCUUGGAAGAAUGGAGACUCGACAAGAGGAAAUAUUGAAAAGGCUUUCCGCCGUAGAAAGCGCCCUUGCCGAGAAGAUGCCCGAGCGUUGUGAGGUUCAAGCGCAGGGUCAACUGCUGCGUGAAUGUAAGGUGCUCUCUGUGAAAACCCACCGCAGUGUAAGCCGAAUCACCGGUGACUUGGUAAGCGAAGAG